AUGUUCAACUCUGAAUCUGAAAGAACGUGGCAAUAUGGCGGAGAGAGCAACAAAUCACAACGAAAAACUUUAAGGUCCGAUGAAGACGACAACAACUGGCAAAGAGAACAUUUGCCUAAGUGUCAUCACUUUAGUGAUAGCAAGUGUGUCUGUAACCAGUGUGGGAGUUGUAAAGGUCGCCUGUGCAGACAGCGAAACCACAACCAUUCACAAAACGAUCACAUAGUGCACCUUCCGCAACAGCAAAACGAUGCACAAAACCUGGCACAGAAAACGCAAUCACUUAAUGAGCACCAUAAUGAGCAUCACAACGAGCAUCAUAAUGAGCAUCAUAAUGUCUACCAAGAGAAACAAAUAAACUGUCAUUACAGUUUUCAUCAAAUUCACAAAUGUCGACUAAAACGAGACCCACGUUGUCGUAAAAAUGAUAAAGUUUCCCAGGCAGUACCGGGGACAGAGACAACAGCCAAGAAAUCGGCAACAGGUGCUAACAUAGGCAAAGAAACAAGGGAAUUAUGUGUUUUAAAUAGACACGAUGAUUGCUUUAAUCAUAAAACAAGGACGUCACCUGAAACCUUAAACUCUGACCAUAGCGGCAUCGCUAAUGAUAAUAUUACCAUAAAUAAUAACAACAACAUCGACCGUAACAGCGCUUCUUGUGAGUGUAUCAUUGAUAACGGCAGUAGCCAGCCCACUGACGAAACGUCGUCAAAUUAUACUCCGAAAGUAUCUACUGACCCCGUCGAAAAAUGCCGGGUGCGUUGGAUAGGCAAGCGAAAGCACAUGCCGCCCUCACCUGUAGUCCUGAAGACCACGCCCAGUGUGCAUCCGGCAGUAGUUUUGGUAGCCAACAAAAGUCAACCCAGAAGCCUCUCAAGUCAGUCAAGCACUGCAGCGGGUGAGGUGGACGCGGAUAUAUUGAAAAAAAGAAGAUUGGCUGCUAAUGCCAGGGAAAGACGUCGAAUGAUGAGUUUAAACGUCGCCUUUGACAAUUUGAGAGCAGUCGUUCCGUCUCAUGGAAAGAUGUCCAAAUACGAUACUUUGCAGUUGGCACAGGCUUACAUCUCAAAGUUGCAAGAAAUCCUUGAAAUUUAA